AGCCAUGCUUAGUCGGUGCAGCCUCAAAUUUCUUCUCCUCAAUCCUGCUGUUUAUUUCAAAAGUGUUGUCCAAGAAGCCAAGGCAGUGAUUGUGGCUGGUGGAACUAUGCAACCGGUAUGACAACUUCGCACAUGUGUGUGUGGAACGGCAGAAUUUUGUAAACCUUCUACUGACCUCCACCAGAAAGUUAUGUUUUUGCCUUGGUUUAAUUUCUUGUAUGUGUUUGCCUGACAGUAGGAUAAUUGAAAAACAAUCACAUAUAGUUAUACCGUAAUACCAAAGCUGUGCAGCUAAUGGUCACAGGUCGAGGAAAAAAUGAUGAAAUUUCAGUUUAGCUAGGAUGAAGAUUGGAUAAGAAAUUUAGAAACGUUCGCCUUGCUUUUCUGGGUUGAAAAGAACUGAAUCCGUAAUUAGUGCAUAUAUGAUUUAUGAAUAUUCAACAUUUCCUAGUGGAGGUAUGCAGUCAUUGAGUGCUGCUAGCUUAUAUAUGUUUUUCUCGAUUUAAAUUAUUAGGUGUCAGAGUUUAAACAACAAUUGUUGUAUUCAUGCUCAUUGUCCACAGGGGUUAUCGCCGAAUUUUCAUGUGGUUAGUAAAGCCUGGCUCACACUGUCUAGCGAUUUUGUCGGCGAUUUUCUCUUCCCGACGGAUACGAAUGAGUGAACUCUCGGCCAAAAGUAGGGAAUCGGUUUUUGGAAGUAUAAAUUUCUAAGUGUUUUCCAUGUCACUCGAUUCAGUCACAUCCUCCAGGAAGAGAAAAUCGCCGAUAAAAUUGCUAGUGUGAACCAUAGUCGAUAGAGACAUAAUAGACCUCAUUAUCUUAUUAUUGUUUUUAUUUUGGUUUAUGCAAAAAAUGGUCAGUUCAUCGUCACGUGUGUAUUGUAUUUUAGCUAGAGCAAACCAAUAGCUAUGUUUUCAUUUAACCAUUGUGUAGUAUUACGACUAUAGGUAAUUAAACGAACACACUGCUAUUGGUUGGUUGGGCGAAAAAUAAUACACACGUGACGAUGAACCGACCAUUUUUUGCAUAAACCAAGACAAAAACAUAGAUAACAAGACGCCCGCUCGGCGUUAACCUCGGGUCGGUGGAUAGGGCAUCGUCUGGUAAAUAUGCAAAAAUCGUGUAAAUCACGAUAGUUUAAUAGUUCACUAGUAUAAAUGGUGAAUCAGUCAAUCAAAGCUCCGUUUUAACAUUUUAUUGAUAAUAGUUAAAUACAGGAACAAUUUAGAGAAUUUACUGACGCAAUUAUUUAACUGUAUUUAUUCAUUAUUUGGGAUAUUUUGUGGACGAGUGAAUGAUAUACAUAACUACUUCAUCUUGUAUUUAGUAACACUAACAGACAAUAUUAUCAGUCUAUUUGUUGAUUGCACAUAGCAGAACGACAGUCACUUCAGAUAUUUUUAAAAUAUAUCAAAGUACCGAAAAUAUAAUUAGGUGCAUAUAACUGAUCCAUCAUUAGUAAUAGUUGUACCACAGUCGAAAAAUGUAAUGAGUGGACAGUUGGCUUGUUGUCUACCAGUUAGAGUAAGAACCAUCCAUAAAAUGCUUAGCAGUAUCAAACAAGUGAAAGUUGGCCGUGGUAUUCCCAUGCUAUGCAUACGAAGUAUUGUACAUUAUAUCAACAUAUACUCGAGAAUAUAGUUAUUCGGCUAAACAUGUAUGUCAAAAUUAUCACAUCUUCUGGUUUUAAAUCAACAAUUUUGACGGAUUUUGUGCAAGGACAGCUUCGGGUUCGUUUCGCUUUGGCCGAUGCUUGAAAUUUCCCGGAAGUACACUUAUAUACCGGAAGUUGUCGUCUCCUCCGCAGGCUCUUCGACUACGCGCACGGCUCGACACAAAAUGGAAAAAAAAUAGGAGCCGAAUUUAUGACCUCGGUGUCGUACCGACCCGAGGUAAUGAGGUCUAUUUAGAGACCUUAAGAUUGACGUUUACGGCAAACGUCAAACCGCUAGCGAGGUUUAUGAUUUUACAACUCUAUUAUAAUAGCUUUUACACCAGUUUUGAAAUAUGUUGAACUUAUCAAACUUGUGCUCUUUAGCAAUGAUUUAAGAAAGCAAAUUAACCACUAGUCAUGCCAUUCACCAAAGCAGUAAAUUAAAAUUUGGCGUUUGAAGUUGACGUUUGGCGUAUAAAUUCCAUGCUUGAACUGCUACGAGGGCUUGUAGUCGUUAAAGCAUGAAAUGUAUACGCCAAACGUCAACUUCAAACGCCAAAUCUUAAUUUACUGCUUUGGUGAAUGGCAUGAUUUGUGGUUAAUUUGCUUUCUUAAAUCAUUGCUAAAGAGCACAAGUUUAAUAAGUCUAAAAUAUUUCAAAACUGGUGUAAAAGCUAUUAUAAUAGAGUUGUAAAAUCAAAAACUUCGCUAGCGGUUUGACGUUUGCCGUAAACGUCAAUCUUAAGGUCUCUAUUAUAGACCGAUGACCUUCAGUUCAGUUUGGCUCGGAAAUAAGUCAAAAUGACACGAGUUAAUAUCAGCACAAUGUAUUAAUUCUGAAUUAUUUCCAAGCUAAAUUAACUUGGAAACACUUUGUCACCUUAAGCAAUAAGCCCGUUUUCCACUUCACCAUUUCGCUCUUCGCCCCGCCCUCGAUUGCAUUAACUUAGAACAACAUUUCCAGUUCACUUUUUAUACAUCACUCUGAUUUUCCAUUUAACAUAGUCGAGCCUCUAGUCCUGGACUAGGGUACACUUUGAUUGACGUUGGACAAAGCUACCGUUCGGUCGGACACCAAUACACUCGGGUCGGACAAACGAUAAACCUCAGUUUCACUUUGGUCGGACAGAAUGACCGGUGGUUUCCUCACUACGUCGGAUAAUUUCACCAAUGGGUCGGACAAUGUCCGUGACCGACCAAUAUUUUAAGGCCUGAGCGCAUUUGAUCAUAUUGAUAUGUAAAUUUGCGCUAUAGAAAUGCCAAUCGUAAUCGUUAUAACAGAACAGUUACAACCAUUAGUGAGUGUACUUGAACCGGUAACUAAUUAGCAUUUUAAUUUAUUUAUUUUUAUGGGUUACAAGGGUACAUACCACGUAUUAAAUUGCUCAUGAAUUUUCCAACAUAGAAACAUAUAGUAUUUAUUGUAUAUACACAAUGACAUCUUGUUCUAAUUUUAUUUACAGGUCAUAUCAUUCCCGCAGAUCAUUUGUUGGCUGUUGCUUUGACCAAAGGACCAUCUGGAGUUGAACUGGAUUUUACUUAUCAAUCAAGAGAUUGUAAGGCCAUGGUAAGACUUGUAUGAUUACAUUCCUUUGCAUAUCAGCCUGUUUCGCACACUCUGGAAAGUGUACUACCGUAGUAUGGCUUUAAAGUCCAAAUUGUGCUAGGCUGCUACGAGUUAGACUUUGUAGAUGACGCUAUUCUGAAUGACUCUACACUGGAAGCUAAAAACUAUCUUGACCGUGGGCGUGGUGGGAAUCGGAAUCCUCGACCUCCAAUGCUCUACCAUGCAACUGAGCUAUGAGAUCAUGUCAGUCCGAACAGGUGAUAUGUUGGAACGUAGUUUAUUUCUUUCGAUAUCUGUGUUUAGCAUAUACUCUCGAGGUGAACAGUGCUUUUCGUGCAAUUUGAUUGAUUGUUCAGCUCCAGAUAUAUUCUUGCACUAUUCACCUCCGGACCAAAACAAAAUGUCUUCCCGUUUCGUUCCGGUUACAAACGGGCAAAUGUUUUUACCAAACGAAGCUACAAAUAGAAAGAAAGCUACAAAUUUUUGUUUAUAGGGUUUAGUGAUAUUAUUUAAGAUUAUUCCUAAUGAGUAAAAUUACUAAAAGCUUGUAAAUACUGUUUUCUGUUCAACUAUUGUGCAAGCUGUAUAAAUACAAAUUGUUUUUAAAAUAUUUUCCCUGAAGGGUAUCCUUGCACUUUUCACUUAUGAUUUAAAUCUAUAAUGAUUAUGAGCUGGUCUUCAUUCUUCCCAUUGAGUUAUCGCGUCAACAGGGAUUGGUAGCGUGUUUUAUAGAAUUUAAGUGCACUUAAUAUUUUCGUGAUGACUCAACGCUUCUCUAGGAGGACGUGCAGUGUUUCAAUUGUAUAGAGCAGCAGUAAUAGGUGUUUCGGAUCGCGCUCGGGGACAUCGAAUUUUUUGUUGUUCUCUGCAGUGUUAGAGAGUUCAGAUUACGAGGCUAACAAGGAGCGACCAAGAACACUGUGUAUUAGUUGGUUGUAAGUGAUUUUCGUGUUUGUUGACGUUUGUUGACAUUGUUAUCCCUUGUUUCUAACUUUUAUGCGAAAUAUGAUCGCUAAACGUGUUAUUAUUUUGUUUUCUUAAUCAUCAAUUUUUUUAAAUUUCCAGAUUUCAGAAGUUAGUCGUGUGCUUUCCAACAUUUGCAUGGUGGUUCCAGCUGGAUUGGUUUGCUUUUUCCCAUCCUAUGAGUAUAAAGAGAAAGUUGUGAAAGAGUGGUGUCAAAGUGGUGCAUUUCAAAAGAUCGAUGCCAAAAAGAAGGUCCGUAAAUUUCAAGUACAUGAAGUUGUGUGCUUGCGAAACUGUUACAUUAUUUUUACAUCGCACGGUAAUUUUGUAAUGAUGUUAUUUUGGGGUGUUAAGGGUAAUUUAUAUAUACCAUGGGUUAUUGGUUAAUUAUUGAGAGAAAAUAAUUUGGCUAUUAUUGAGGGCUUGUUAGGGGAAUCCAGAAUAAUCCAUAAUCCCAGAUAAGAUUUUAAAAUAAUCUGCAUCCGACUUUUCUAAACUUAAAUAUAUCCCUAAAAAUAGAUUUGCACAAUAAUCCAUAUAUAAUCCAAAAAUCCUAUACCAAAUAAUCCAUAAUCAAUUUUUUCACGCGCCAUGAGGAGUAAUCCGUAAUCCUGCCCUAACAGGGCAUCAAUGCUGUUCCUUGUGGUCAGAGAUCUGGAAUUGCCAUGGUUCCUAAUACACAAGAUACUGUAGUUAACAUUAAAAAUUAAUGCAUUCUUCUUCAUAUUCUCUAGUUCUAUUCCUAUCCAAGAUUCUGUAGAUUAUUAUUUACUAUGCUACUGCGUACAUAUAUAUAUAUAUAUAUAUAUAUAUAUAUAUAUAUAUAUAUAUAUAUAUAUAUAUAUAUAUAUAUAUAUAUAUAUAUAUAUAUAUAUAUAGUUUUGGUAGCGUUUUGGAACAAGGCAUUUGGAAUAACUUUUCCAUUGAAACUUUUGAUCUAAUAAACAUUCAUCACUGGAAACUAGGAAAGAAAAAACCCGACCAAACAGUAAAAAUUCAUGUGAUGAAAUGUGCUCUCGUUGUCUAGAUUUUUUCCGAACCAAAAAAGGCAGCUCAGGUGGAGCAGACCCUGGGUGAUUAUGGUAAAUUUAUAAAGGUAUAAGUAUAUAUUUGAAAUGGUCUCCGCUGUAUACCACAUCUUAAACUGUGAUCUGCAUGAGCAUGGGGCAUUGAGAUCAAAAUUACGCUUGUAUAUAUACUGUGCAUGAUGUAUGUCUGAUUUACAAGACUCUAUUUUGCAUCCUAUAUAUAGAGAUUAAUGUAAUAUGGAAAGAUUUUAUUAUCAUCUCGUUUCUAUUACACUAUAGUAUUAUAUACUGUACGACUGGCAUAAGGUUUUUACAUGGAUAUGAAACAUCGCAACUCGUUUGUGUCAUUUAAGAUAUAAGUAUACGAAUAUAAUGAUUGUAUUUAUGACAACUUUGUUCUCCUCUCAUAUUGGCACCUCUAUUGCAUAUGACAACUAUAAGACCCAUAUAGUGAUGCCUCCAUAUAUUUAUAUAGAUAACUCAAUCAAGUCAAGACAAAACUUCAACUUCUCAUAAUGGCGCCAUAUUGCUUUGUGUCGUUGGUGGGAAGAUGAGUGAAGGAAUAAACUUUUCCGAUGAUUUGGGAAGGUAUUGUUGUCUAUAUAGUACUGGUAAAAUCUUUUAGAAUACCCUGUUUUUGGCAAAAUAUAGUCUUUCAUGAGUAUUGAAUAAUUUCGGUAAUGAGAUGCACAGUUUUUUCAUUGGAUCAAAAGAUAUUCAACUGAAAACAAAUCGCCAUUUUCAAGUUCUUGUACAAUCCUAUUUUAUCAUUCUUCUUUAUCUCUUUAAGCAUGUAUUGUGAGUUGUUUUCUUUUGAUUUCAGCCAAAUAUAAAAAAAAUUUAUAACUCAAUAAUUUAUAACCAAAAUAAACCGAGUUGUGAGGUUUUCAAUAGUUGUGAUUUUUUCAGUUGAUUUAUUUCUGACCAAAUUUGAAAAUUACCCAUUGCACCAAACGCUUUCCAUAUUCCUGAAAUACUAUACAAACACCUUGCAAUAGAAUCGCCGUGCAAAAAUAAUAAUCGGGUGAAUAUGGUCACAAUUGAAAAAGUAGUAAAUUCCAUACAUUUGGUGAUGACUGUACUUCCGGUUUACAAUGCUAAUUUCAAAAACUAACAAUGAGUGGGUAAUGUCUCGCCCUAUGAUAUGUUAAAGGUGAUCUACAGUCCGAUCUGCGCAUGUGCACAAAUGAGCCCACUUUUUAUGAUACAAACAACAAUCAGGCUUUCCAAGAACUCAAAACAUAGUUAAACAACUAUGUUUUGAGUUCUUGGAAAGCCUGAUUGUUGUUUCUUGAUCAUUUAUUAUACUCUAGAAGCUUGAAAAUAUAAAUAGUUGUCGAAUAAAGCUCAAUAUUUUGGACACAAAAAUGUAAACAAAAGCUUUGUUUACAUACGGACUGUAGAUCACCUUUAAAUUAUCAUUUAAAUUAGUCGCAUUUUGAGUUAGAUAUGACUAUAUUUGUGUAACAGCCAAAAAAUAGGGUGUUCUAUAAAACGUUUGACCAGUUCUGUACGUUGUGAUGGGGCCGAAACUUUUGUUGUGCAUGUAGUCAUCGUGUGGCACCAUUUGUUUAGCUUUAUACGUUCGGUGUAUAAAUAUAAGCAUGGUUUAGGCUGUAUUUGUUCAAGCUCGUUCCUAAGUGAUGAAUGCAGAACAGAAAAUUUAGUGAUUGAUUUCGUAGUUAAAAGCUUUCCUUCCGUGUGUAUGAUUGUACGCAUUUGUUCAAGAUACUUGUGGAUAUUUGUUAAAGCCCUGGGCAUUAGAGCUCACGAGAGUAUAAGCGACUUCGGUGACGCAAGCAUGAGAACAAGCGCCUUUCGCCUUUGACAUCGUGUGUCCAAUUCUCGUUCCGAACUUAAGACAUUCAUAAGUCAAUCAUUACUCUACCGAAAGUGGUGGGUUAUCUCUCGGUACUCCGGUUUCCUCCCAUAGGGAAUGUUGACAGGAUGGAUUAAGUUUAGCCCCUAACUGACCCUUCCAUGUAGCUGUGCUUUGUGAAUUGUGAUCAUGCAGACAUAAGUCAUAAGGUUUUGGCUGCCAGAGGCGCCCAUAGAAAGCAUUCGACUUGAUCAGGUUGAGCUGCUCAAUUCAGCUUAGCUCUAAGCGGUAAAUAUGGAUGAUCAGACAUCCACACUUGCUAUAUGGGAAAGUUUUCCUCACAGUUUUCUCUACUCUUAUGCCGCGACCAAAUGAAAACAAAAGUCGUACGAAAGUUCGUGGGAGUUGAUUGCAUGGCUGCAGAAUGUAGGAAGCAAUGGAGCAACGCUACCUCCAAAGUCUAAAGGGCCAACUCCAAACCAAAAUAUACACUUGAGUAACUUGUGUAAUUCAAAACAAACUGAGUUGAAAUAUGAAUUGUGGAGUUACUGAAACAAUCAUUUAGAGCUAGUAGGUAUAACUCCAAAAAUCAUUUAGGAGGUAGGUAUCUAAGCCUGGAGUUACUGGCUAACUCCAAAAUAAUUUAGAGCUAAGUAUAGCUCCAAAAAUCAUGAAAAAGCUAAGUAUCUAAGCCUGGAGUUACUGGCUAACUCCAAAAAUUUUGUUCUCGUUCAGAGGCUAAAUUUUGAUCUGCUUGCAAUUGCGGUGCGACCCAUUCUUGAAACCUCGACCAUCGUCAUGCUCUGUUGACCGUGUGUAAGACGGGCUGUGGGUACGAGAGUGUGGCAUAGCCUAAAGGCGGUUUUCCAGUCCUAGCACGAAGCUCCUUGCAGCUCGCUGCGAGUGCUUGCAUCUAAUUAAAAUCAACUGUUUUGCAUUGUGAUUGGAUAAAAGUGCUCAUGCAUGCACUCGCAGCGAGGAGCUUCGUGCGAGGACUGGAAAACCGCCUUAACUCCAUUUGAAGAUUGGCUACCUCCACAAAAAUAAAAUCUACAGGUAUGGUUGAUUGUAUGGAUAUUACUAUGCGUAGCAAAAACUCUGAUCAACAUUUUGAACCAGCUCUAAAGGCCCGUUUACACGGGCGAUUUUUGCUGCGAUUUUAGUUGUGAUUUUCUCCUUUUGGAGGUUGUGAAAGAGUGGAUGAGUUAUAAAUGUUCCAGGCUGUCAAAUCUCAUAACAACAGCAUUAAGUAAUCUACUCCUUCACGUCUUCCCUAAGCUUUACGGACUGGCUGCAAAUGUGAAUUUUCCCUGGAUGUGAUCAUACAGUAGAUUUGUAUAAUUAACUUUGUAUUUGUUUUUCAUAAGGUGUGUGGUGGUAGUUGGCCUGCCCUUCCCAAAUAUUCAGUCACCAGAACUUAAGGAGUAUAUCUCAUAUCUCGAUGCCACUUUAGGUGUAAGUAUAUAAAUUGUCAUAUUUUAUUGCAGCAAAUUAACAUUAGAUAUAUCUAUAUGCAGGAUGAAACUGUAUGAAGCUUGUACGUAUUGCAGGUUAUAUUCUCAUGUUUGUAGAUAAUUUUAGACAUUAUUGACAUUACAGAUAGUUAUUAAGACUUAUAUAAAGUAUUGCGAACAAAAGAGCCCGCUGGCACUAGGAUCGGGGGCUCAGGAUGAGAGAAAAAGCAAAACAGUGAGAGAUUUUUAUAAAUCAAAUGUGGGAGUUUCAUGAAUUUAAGUUUAAAAUAAACAGUUUUGUCGAGUAGAAUUAUACGUUUCCGACAUGUUUCGUGCUCAAUAGGGUUAGGGUUGUGAAUCACAAUAGGUUGGAGUCAAGAUCAUGCAAAGUCGGUCAAAUUUAAUUUUUUUCUGCCCAAUAUAAAUAAUAAUAUUAGCUAGCGUUGUUUAAAUCAUUGCUACCCAAUUCACAACAAAAGUAAAGAGCAGGGAUAGAGAAGUACUAUACCUUGAAUUCACUGAAAAAGUUCUUUUUAAAAAAUACCCUAGGAAAGUCCUUCAAUUUCAUAUUCAAUAAAGUGUGGAAACCUUGGUCGAUGCAUGCACUGUGUACGAAAGCUGCAACAAAGAUGUUAGAAAACUGGGAAAAGCUUGAAAUAGACUAUUAUUGAGCAAAUGCGCAUGAAAUUCGCACCCCUAAUAUCUGCAUGUCGAACUCUUAUUCGUGGUGAAACAUAUUAUAAGAUAAGUGUCAGCUCAUGGUACAUCGUAGUUAAAUUGGAAGCAAAUAUUUAUAUAACGUUGGCUUAAUUUGGCUUACGCUCAUUGACCAGGCCUGGACUUGUAGUGUAAGGGGCGGACCAUUAGGGGGGGGGGGGGGGUGAUUCACACAAAAGAAAAAAUAUUCCCCCAAGAAAAUAUUCGCGCACCUUUUAAAUUCCGCAAAUAAAUUCCAUUACAAGCAAACGGUCGAAAGAAUUUGUGCAAGCUGAAACUUCUCCCCUCCCUCCCAUCUUUAAUACAUCUUUACUCUUGUAUUGAAUUUUCACCAAAUAAAUUGAGUACUUUUCCAACCUUGUUUUUAUCAAGCACAAAGCUGGACAACAACACUGUGAAAAUGUGUGUAUGAAGGCUGUCAAUCAAUCAAUCGGUAAAGUUUAUUAUGUAGCUAUAUUGUUUAAUCAUUUUAAUACAAGGCGGCAUGCAACAAUAUAGAAAAGCUGAACGUAAUGUUAAACGUUUGGUCGCAUGUCCUCAUAGUAAAAAUAAAGAUCUGUUGAAAAACCUUCUCUACUCGUUGAUAGUUGAUACCUUUACAGAAAUAAUAAUAUACAUGAAAAAAAUUGCCCGAUUGCCAAAAAAAAUACAGUGCCCAAAAGUGAAAGACGUAGCAAGCGCAAAAAAAAAAAUUUGAUUAAGUUUUAACUUCUGACAGUUGAAAAUUUGUAUUAAGUUGUUGUGUCAUUAAAUGAGUCAGUAAAUUAUUUAUUUCGCAUGUGUUUCAAGUGACCAUGAAUUUGCUUCUGCAUAACUGUUUUAUAUGUACUACUAAUAAGUAAUAAAUAGUAAGGUUUCUCGUGCAAUUUGGGUCAUGUAUAUUAUUAUUAAUAAGCAAUAAUAUAUGUUUGCUCGUGCACAUAAUAAAUAAUAAAUAAAUGUAUAAAAUUUACACUCGCAAACCCAUACACCUUGCAUUGGCAUCACCUCAGUUAUGAACUUGCGGUUUCGACAACUGGGCUCUGUAGCUUAGUUGGUUAGAGCGCUGCACCGGUAUCACAGGGCAGUUGCAUUUUUUGCAACUGCUCCUGCAUGGUUAGCUCUAAUAAAUCUAUAAAAUUCACACUCGCGAUUUCCAUCAACAGGCGUAAUAUUACCUACACAUAUACAGAACUAUAUUAAUGUUUUACCUUUGGUGUAUGUUGCUAUGAGUUUGUUCUUAUUGUUCAUAGGUCGAGCAAUCCGCCAUAUUAAUGAUUAUUCAACAAUAGUUUUGCUUGAUAAACGAUAUGGUCGUACAAGUGUGCAGACAAAAUUACCCGAGUGGAUUCGCUCUCGCCUGCAGACACAUACACAAUUUGGACCUGCAUUUGCUGCGUUGAGAAAAGUAAUGUAUUGAACAUAUUACAUGUUUACCGACGACUUUUACCGCAAAUAAUAAUUAAUCAUUGCAGUCGUGGACUCGUGGCAAUGGAAAUAUCUAAUUAGUUUCUAAAAUAUUCCACCAAUUCAUUUGCUCACCAAUUCCUUUGAAAAUUUGAUUACUUCCUGUGUAAUUGAUAAACCUCCUAUUGAAUGCACAAAUCACGGAAGUGGCCAUGCAGCACUGAAUCACAGAGUAUGUCUUUACUCUGUGACUGAAUGGAUGCCAGCCAAACGAUUGUAGCCACAAUGACGCCAUCAACCGCCAUGCUUUGGUGCUAAAAUGUUCGGUUUUCGAAAUUUUGCCUUGCCAUUUUCAACGCCAAAAAAGACGCCGUUACAUUUGAAAAAACACAGCAUUCGGCUUCGUUUGAUAACACAAACGUCGGGCUUAAUAAUUCUUCAUAUCAUGUUCAACCUCAUUUUAGUUAUUUGCACUGAUAAAGGUCCAUGCUUACAUAUCGAAGUUGGUUUGAAGAAAAUAAUUGUGAUGUUUCCACAGGAAGCCCAAGUCCUUAUGUCCAAGUCGUUCUUAUGCCCGCAUAGUAUUAUCCGCCUGAGCCUUUUCCUGCGCCCGCCCCUGCCCACCUGAAUAAUUAUUUUAUUUCUGGAUUACACUAUAAUUUACCGCUUUAAUUGAAAAUAUCAGUUGGCAAUUUUCAGCCAUCUGCAGUGUUUCAAUUUUAUCGCUUUUUCAGUUUUUUGUUGGUCGUUCCUUACGAAGAAAAGACGAGUCUUGAAGACUGACGUAAAACAUUGUUGUGUUCCGUUUCGUAAUAUACGGUACUGUAAUUACAAUAAUAUAUUCAAUCAGAUGUUCAAACAACUAUAUAUUGCCCGAAGUGUAUUCGACUGGAAAGACGGUAUAUUUAUCAAACUGUGUCAUGUGCAAGUAGUAAGCCAAUACCGUUUAGGACAAGGCAAAAAGAUGAACAUUGCUGCGAGAACUAAGUCAAUAACGUUCCAUGCAGAAGCAGUAAGCCAAUUUUUUUGCAAUGGACUUCUAUAUACACACUAGCUUAAAAAUCGCAUUUUUAUUCUAUAAAUUAAUAACCUCUUCACCCUGUCAAAGAUUUGCACAGGUUUAAAAUCUGGGUUAACUUUCUCCUACUCGAGCUAUACCCUCUCAACCCCCGCAUGAAAAAAUAAAUCCGAUCAUGUGAUUUUAACACUAUGUUACUCGAUAGAGCAAGACGAGGAUUUAAAACUACAUUUAGCGCAUACUCAGGAGGUGGAUAGUGCUUUUCCCGCCAUUUGAUUGGUUGCUCAGUUCCGGAAAUCCCUACACUAUUCACCUCUGGAGAAAAAACAAAAUGGCUUCCCGUUUCCUUCCGGUUACAGACGAGCAUAUUUUUGUUACUAAACGAAGCUGCCGUUAACCAAACACGAAGAAAGCCGCAAGGUUUCGUUUAACAGUGUCUAGAGGUAUUCUUUUGAAGCUAUUUCCUGAAUAAAAUUACUAAAAGCGUGGAAAUACUGUUUGCAACUAUUACGGAAGCUGAAGUACAAAUUGUUUUAAUUUUAAAAUAUUCUAGUUGGGUAUUUUUUGUCAUUUUUGUUUUGUUGUGGUAUAUACUAUUCAUAGUAACUUCCGUGAAUAAUUGAAGGUCAUUGAACGUACGUUCGAACACUG